CUCCGAUGAGACCUCUGGUGGAGACACGCCCAGCCAGGAGCUGGAUGAUGGGGGGAAGAAGAAGAAGAAGAAGAAAAAGAAGGACAAGAAAAAAGACAAAAGCAAAUCGGAUGACCCGGAGAAGAAGACCAAGAGGAAAUUUGGAUUGCUCAGUGAGCACCAGGCUUCUGAACAGGAGGAUGUGUUCGGGAAGAAAAACAAAGACAAAGCUAAAGGCAAGCUUGAUGCUCUGAGUGAGGAGGAAUUGGACCGCAAGACUGAAGGCUCAAGGAGUGAGGUGGACAGCCCCACUCCUGACCGAGUGUUGCUGCCGGAUGUGGAGGACGACGAUCUGGACCCCAACUACGCCCGCAUCAACAACUUCCGCAGCCCCCUGUGUCCACCGCCGCUGUUGCCCAAUCCCCUUACCUGGCCCACGCCCCCUCCCCCACCCUCGCCCAUGUCCACUCACACAGCCGGGAGUCGUCCAGUGAGGACCCGCGCGAGGGGCCUCUACGCCAAAGUCAACAAGCAGAGAGCCCCACCCCCAGCAGUGACGGACAGUAAUGGGGAGCGGUUGCAGCAGAUCAGUCAGGCGAGACCUCCAGCGCUCAGCUCCGACUUAUGAGGUGGAGACUCUGCGUUGGCCCACGCAGGACUACGACCCCACACGGAUUCCAAUGAGUGCUGCUGACCAGCGGAUGGCUCCCCGAUAUGAAGAUGUGUAUUCUCUCCAAAGGCGGAAGCCAGCUGUGGACGACCGCGCUCCCCAGCACUACUCUCCUAAGAGGGAGCCGGCCAGGUACCAGGCCCCCGCGCCGCAGUACAACUACCCGCCGCAGCGAGAGACCUACCAGCUCAACUACCAGCCGGCCUACCCGCUGCGCGAGAGCUACUCCAUGCCGGACAGCUACCCCGGGCGGCAGGCGCAGAUGCAGGGGCCGGGGUCACCGCGGCUGCCCGUGCCACGCUCGGCCGAGCUGGAGCGCCGCUACCGGCCCUCGCCGGCCUACCCGUCGCCGCCGCCCGUCCACCGGGUGCCGCUGCGCCAGGACGUGCCCCCCUCCUCCUCCUCGCCCACUCUGCCGCUCCGCAACGCGCCCCGCUACGAGCAGGUGGCGCGGGGAGGGUACCGCACCGCCAGCCCUGACCGCUACGGAGCGUAUGGGGAGGCCAGCGCGCAUCCGCAGGACCCCCGGCAGAAGAACUCGCUGAUCGGGGCCGUGUAGAGAGAGAGAGAGAGAGAGAGAGAGAGAGAGAGAGGGGGGAGGAAGGAGAGAUUGUUACCAUGUGAUAAUAUAGCAGUAUGUUAAUAUGAACAGUUGUUUUGUAGGGCAUGUCUGUCUGCGUGUGUGUGUGUUUGUGAACGAGAGAAA